GGAGGGAGGCUGACUAACAGCCAAGGCCAGGGCUGGGGUCCAGCCUGGUGGAGGGUGGGGAAGAAAUGCUCUUCCUUCUUCUUUUUGGAGGCUGAGAGAGCCAAGCGGAAGCCCGAGUCUGGGUUCAGAGGUGCCUUCUGCAUCCCGCUGUAUGUGCCCUAUGUGCUGACUGGCCGUUGGAGCUUCGGCCGAGGCCUUUGCAAGCUGUGGCUGGUGGUCGAUUACCUGCUGUGCACCUCCUCAGUCUUCAACAUCGUGCUCAUCAGCUAUGACCGCUUCUUGUCAGUCACCAGAGCUGUCUCAUACCGGGCCCAGCAGGGCGACACCCGGCGGGCAGUGCGGAAGAUGGCACUGGUGUGGGUGCUGGCCUUUCUGCUGUAUGGGCCGGCCAUCUUGAGCUGGGAGUACCUAUCUGGUGGCAGCUCCAUCCCUGAGGGCCACUGCUAUGCUGAGUUCUUCUACAACUGGUACUUCCUUAUCACGGCCUCCACUCUCGAGUUCUUCACGCCCUUCCUCAGCGUCACUUUCUUCAACCUCAGCAUCUACCUGAACAUCCAGAGGCGCACCCGCCUCCGGCUGGAUGGUACCCGAGAAGCAGGCCCCGAGCCCCCACCUGAGGCUCAGUCCUCACCACCUCCCCCACCGCCUGGCUGUUGGGGCUGCUGGCCCAAGGGGCAUGGGGAGGCCGUGCCCCUGCACAGCUCUGGCAGCUCCUCGAGGGGCAAUGAGAGACCACGCUCACUCAAGAGGGGCUCUAAGCCCUCUGCGUCCUCAGCAUCUCUGGAGAAGCGCAUGAAGAUGGUGUCCCAGAGCAUCACCCAGCGCUUCCGGCUGUCACGGGACAAGAAGGUAGCCAAAUCCUUGGCCAUCAUAGUGAGCAUCUUCGGGCUCUGCUGGGCCCCAUACACACUUCUGAUGAUCAUCCGAGCCGCCUGCCAUGGCCACUGCAUCCCUGACUACUGGUACGAGACUUCCUUCUGGCUCCUGUGGGCCAACUCGGCUGUGAACCCUGUGCUGUACCCGCUGUGCCACUACAGCUUCCGCCGAGCCUUCACCAAGCUGCUCUGUCCCCAGAAGCUCAAGGUGCAGCCUCACGGCUCCCUGGAGCAGUGCUGGAAGUGAGCCAGCCCACCUGGGCCCCCAGCCGCUCCCCGCGCAGACUCUGUCUCCUGGGCAGCUGGGCCACACAUACCUGCCUGGCUCACUCCCAAGGAUGAGCCACGGCCUGCGGCCCACCCUAAACACCAUGGCAGCCUCUUUUAGACUGUCUGCCCUGGGGGAAAGCUGGUGGGCUGGUCAGGGGCCCUCAAGGGCUGAACUGCCACCUCCUUUUGCUUCACUCCAGGAAGGUUCCAGACUUGCUGUUCAACCCCACCGACAGUGCAGUGCCUGUGGUGUCCACCAUUUGCACACUUGGUAGUUACUGGGUGUGUGCUCCAGCCCCCUGCCAGCAGUGUGCCCCUGCACGUGCGCACGCCUGCACUCACCUGCACACACCUGCACACCUGCACUCCUCCCAGGCACGCUGGGCCUGCCUUGACCGCUGUCUGUCUCACUCAAGCCCAGAGCCUGGCCCCUUUAGCCUUUCCUCCCAGAUCCCUGCCCACCACGUGUCAGGUGCCCCAGGAACCUCGAAGCCGUUCUCUACUUUUUCUUUCUGGGUGUUUUCAGGAAGAUGAAGAAAACACGUCUGUGAACUUGAUGUUCCUUGGAUGUUUAAUCAAGAGAGACAAAAUUGCCGAGGAGCUCAGGGCUGGAUUGGCAGGUGUGGGCUCCCACGCCCUCCUCCCUCUGCUGCAGCUUCCGGCUGAGCUGCGCCAGCUGCUUCUGCCCGCCCCGCCCCUGGGCUCGGGAGCUGGUCGGACCGCUGGCUCUGAGAGUGGUCAGAGUCCUUGUGCCUGCUGGGUGGGCCAGAGCCUGCCCCGCCACCCCAUCUACUCAACCAGAAUGUCUUGGGGACUGUUGGGUAGGGGGUCCCAAGGCUGGCAGGCCUAGUCAGAGAAGGCCAGGGCCAGGAUGCCCAGGGAGGGGCCGCCUUGCCACAUCCUGUGCACCUGCUUUAGGUGCUCUGCAUGCUCCGCUCACUCUCUGUGUGCCCACUGCACUGCCCUUGCCACCGUGAAGUCACAAUAAAGCGUAUUUUUUUAUUGGUGCUGA